UCUUCAAUAAAAUCAAAAAACAAUAUAACAACGACAUUGAAUAAUACCUCCAAAUUAUUAACCGAAAAGGCGCCUAAAAAUGAUAAAUUGGAAAGUAUCCAAGAGAAGGAAGAAGACAUGUUGUUGGAAUUGUUUAAGCCUGUAAAGGAGCAGAAAGAAGGAAAACAAAAUUUAAAUAAAAAUGGAGGUGGACGAUGUUCGUCUGAUCAGGGUAUAUUGGGAAAAUGUGUCUAUAAAAAGGAGAAUUCAUUAGGGCCUGAAUCCGAAAUUUCGACUCGAACUCGAAGUUUCGACUCAAAACCGAAAUUUCGACUUGAACUCGAAAUUUCGACUUGGACUUGA